CUGAAACCGAUUUUUACCUCGAAUAGAGUAAAUGGUUCACAGUGGAAAUAGAGAAACCGUCGUCUCCUCCUCUAUUUAAGUUUCCGGUGUCCUUUUUGGUAGUUCAGGUCUUAAGUAGUUCUGUAGUUCGGUUUACUUCGUUUCGUGUCUGUUCAGUUUCGAAAAGUCAUUGGUAGACGAAACAUCGUCACCUUGUUGUGUGUUUCUUGUGAAUUUGGGAUUUAUUAAAUAGUUGAAAAGAUGAAUUCGUACCUGCCAACGGCUGUAGACUUUCAGGCUUUGGAUUUUACUUCAAAAAUGAAAAAUCCAAUAGUGAAGACAGAGCAACCAGUAUUGGAUCUCUCGUGCAAGAAACAACCAAUAAUCACGACAAAUUACGUGAAUCGCAUUCAACGCGAUACAUAUUCCGAUUCGUCAUUUAAUUCGUCAAAUGAGGAACAAACGCAAGCGGCAAAUUUAUCAUGUUCAAGUGAAAGAAGAGAGAAUCCAUUUGAAGUGCGCAGUUAUAUGGUGACACCGCCUUCCGAAGAGGAAUCACCAAAAAAACCAAAAUUCGAACAAACCUACACCACUGCAAUCAGUUUACAUUCAAUUGAUCAUUUGGCGCACAAUAAUUAUAUGAAUAGUCCACCGAUUCACAUACCAGUGCCAAUUUUACCAUCAGUUGGACAACAACAACAACAACAACAACAACAACAACAACAAACAGUUGUACCAACAGUGCCAACUAUGUUACCAUCAAUUAUUGUUCAGAAUAGUAACAAUAAUAAUAAUAGUAGCAGUCAUAAUAAUAAUAAUAGUAAUAGCAAUAGUCAUUUAGUGCCACAAAUUCAAAUGCCAAAUGCAACGUCGACAACACAGGAUCCUGCGACAACGACAAUGUCGACACCUGAAUGCAAAAAAUCGGCAAGACCAUUUAAAGCUUACCCCAAAGAUCCACUUUCGUUGAGCGUUGUUUCGGAAUUGAUAUACGAUCAAAAUUCGAAUGAUGCGUAUUCGGAGUUCCGGAAAAAGAUGCUCGACUCUGUGAGAAGGAGUAAUGAGGGGACGAAUAUUAAAAUGAGGAGGGUGUCGAAAAGUCCAGGAUUGCCAACCAGCACCAUGGACGAAAAAGAUGCAGCUUAUUGGGAGAGAAGAAAAAAAAAUAACGAGGCCGCUAAACGCUCGAGGGACGCGAGACGAGCUAAAGAAGAUGAAAUAGCAAUAAGAGCAGCUUUCCUUGAACAGGAAAAUUUGAAACUUAAGUAUGAGUUGGUUGCCCUGAGAAAUGAAACAGCAAAACUAAGAUGUAUGAUAUACUCAAAUUAAGAAUUCACUCUUUAGGAAAACUUGCUCUCUACAAUCCAUUUCUUCUUUUUUCUUCGUUAUUUUUUUUCUUUUUUUGUUGUUCUAUUUUUUUUUUUUUUUAAGAAAAUGACAUGAAAAUUAUGUUUCAUUGUUUAAAAUGAAUAUUUAUAGUUGUUUUUUUGUGAACUAGUUAUAGACAGUGGUAGAAAAUAAUUAAUUUAUAUUAGUUUAGGGAUAAAAACAUUAUCGGGUUAGGUAAGGAACUAUCUAAUCCCUUGCCGAAAAUUCCGAAAAAAAUUAUUUUGUUAUUAUGAUUUUUUUUUUGAAGUCAUCCUGAAACUUAGUCGCUGGCACGCUGAGGGAGGGAACUUUUUUUUUAAUACGUAUCUUUUUCGAUAAUUCUCAUAGUUAUUUAUUUCAUUGCACACACUUAAUUAUUAUCAUUAUUAAAUCAUUUUAAUUAAUUAAUUCAUCGGUAGGAAUUUUUGAGAAAUAAUGUAAACAUUAUUAUUUAAGGAAGUCCCAAAGAAGGGCUUAGCCGAUUGUAGAGAGAUACUUAUCAAAUGGCAAUUAAUUAUUCACUAUAAAAAAAGGAAGUUAACAAAGUAAGCUAUUUAAUUAAUGGCUUUUUUAUUCGAAAUGAAAGAAUUUAAUUUAAUCAUUAUGCUAUAAAAAUUUAUAGUAUAAUUGUUAAAUGUUUGAAAAUUUUUUCUUUCUUUCUUUCUUGAAAUUUUUUCUAUAAUUGAUUUUCUAUUAGACUGAAAUUAAAUUAAUGAUAAAUAAUUAUUCAAAAACUGAUAAUUUAAAAACAAAAACUGGUAAUUUAAAAAAAUAACAAUUGCAAUUAAAAUAAUACCUAUUUUUAGUUAGGUAAAAUUAAUCUACAAUUUGGCAAUUCUUUCUUCUCGAGGAUUUUUUUCUAUCACUGUUUAUAACUAUUUUGUAUUUUUUAAAAAAAUAUUUGAAUUAUAAAAAAUGCAAUUUUUUUUACGCUUGAAACAAAAAUUGUCACCAAAGUUGGAGAGUUAGAAAGUUUUCACUAAACGAGUAUUAACGUCAAAGAGCUGUGAAAUUUUUCUCCAUGUCCUUUUUAUUGGAGGAACAAUUAAAAAUAAUCAUUUUGACAAAAAAGAAAAGAAAACCAUUUUUAAUGGUUUAAAUAAUAAAUAGAAAAUUAAGAAUUUCAGUUUAAGAUUCUACUUUGUUCAGAUUAAUUUUAUAAUUCUAUUUUUAAAAAAACUUGUAACUUUGAUUAAAAUUUAUGAGAGGAUCUUGAAUUUGUUUAAUGAAAAAAAUUUUUUACACUCAAUUGUAUAUAGAUUAGAAUUCAGACCAAAAAAAUGAAAAAAAAAUUACAAAGCUGUGAAAUGAGGAAAACGCAGUUUUCUUUUGUCUCAAAAAAAAAAUAAAUAAAUAAAAAAAAAAAUAGAAAUGGAAUUUUCAGGGAUUGAGUAGAAGACUGAUAUUAGACUGAUGUUAUUAAUGUAUAAGAAAACAUGAUUGAAUUCGAAUCGAAAAUAUUUUUAAUGAGCAGAGUGGAUUUUUUUAUACUUAUAUAUAUGGUCUUCAUAGUCAGUAGCGAUUAAGUGACAAUUGUAAAUAUAAGAUUUUAAUUUAGACAUUAAGUAUAUGAUUGAUCUCCGAAUAAAUGUUCCUAUGUAUAUACAAAGUUUGUUAUAAUAUUUAAGAUAUAUUUAUAAUAAAAGUAAACAAAUUUUUUGUGAA